AUGUCUGGACGCCAACAACGCGUAAUGGUUCAGCCCAUUAAUGUAAUCUUCAAAAAUCUCCAACAGAAAACCAAAGUCGUUAUCUGGCUUUACGACAACAUCGAGAUGAGAAUUGAAGGAAGAAUUAUCGGAUUUGACGAGUUUAUGAACCUGGUUAUUGAUGAAGCUGCAGAGGUUUUUGUCAAGGAUGCGAAACCUCGACGAGAGUUAGGGCGCAUUCUCCUCAAGGGUGAUAACAUCACAUUGAUUCAGCAGAUACUUUGA